CAUCGUCAGUAGUGCGCGAGCGCUGAGCGGAAACACACAGAGCAGCGCGAGCUCCUGCCGCGAGCGCUUCAUUUCCCGCAUUUUUUCCUCCUUUCUGAGUCCUGAGGCGCCUCCAGAUCCCUGAGGGGGCUGUGCUGCUCCUCCUCCUCACUCUGUCCCAAACACCUGACGGACAUUUUGUCUUUUAUUUCCCGGGAGCUGGCUGGGGAGAGAGCAGCGGUUUGGAACAGAAGCGUUCAGGUUCAUCUGAGGAGGAAAAGUGAAGGAGAACUUUUCCUCCUCUCAGUUUGGAAGAUCAUCAGAUCUCCACCAAAAUUCAAAUUUACUUGACCUUGAGCUUGUUGAAGUAUGUUUUAGGGAAUCUUUUUUUUUUUCAAUGCAGCUGAAACUUCUGUUUAUCCUCAAAGAAAUUUGGGAAAACUGAGCAAAAGACAGAACCACCAUCAUCAUCAUCAUCAUCUGACCUGGGAAUAAUAUGGAUUUCACACAACAAUCUCACUAGCAGCCUCGAAGAUGGAGAACUUUCUGGAACGUCUUCUUACAUUUUCAUCAUUUUUACACCACAAAACAGAACUUAGUUGAGGAACUCACUGCGAAGAAUUCUUGAAGAUCUACAGAUGCGUCAGAGUCGAUUUUACUUUCUUUUUCGUCUUCUCACGCGUGGUCUUCACACCUCAUCGGAUUUAAUAAGCUUCAUGUUGAUCGAAGAACUCGGUGGUUCUCAAAUUUGACGCUUUGAAGGAUCGUGUUCGCAUUACGUUUUCUGAAUAAUCUCAUGAACUUCAUAUUUCUGAAAGGUCUUGUGAAACUGGGAGUUUCUAACCGGCUCUAAAGGAUGUGAUUAAAUUCACGCUUUGAAGGAUCUCAUGAGCUUCAUGCUUUGAAGGAUAAUGAGCUCGAAGCAUUGAAGGCGCUCAUGAACUUGCUCUGAUUUUCUGUGAUUGCUGAUUUUUGUAUGCGCUCCUCCUCGGGUUUCUUUUGCAGGAUGGAGAGAGGAGCUCAGAAACUCUCCGAAUGUCCUCAUGGACUGACGUUUUUAGUUGUAUUCCUUAUGGAGAGCUUAACGGUCACGGCAGCCAACUUGGAGCCUGUCUACUGGAACUCCUUGAACAGUAGGUUUGGGGACGAGCGAGGUUAUGUGCUGUACCCUCAGAUGGGGGACCGUUUGGACCUGGUGUGUCCCGCGUCCUCAUCCCCGCCACAGUAUGAGUUCUAUAAGCUGUACCUGGUGUCAGAGCGCGAGCAGGCAGACAAGUGCGAGCUGAGCAACGACUCCAACCUGCUGCUCACCUGUGACAAACCCAACGCCGACACGCGCUUCACCAUCAAGUUCCAGGAGUUCUCCCCCAACCUGUGGGGCCACGAAUUCAAGAACCUGCAUGACUACUUCAUCAUAGCUACCUCUGAUGGGACGAGGCAGGGGUUAGACAGCAUGAGAGGAGGAGCAUGUGCAACACGAGGGAUGAAGGUUGUGCUCAAAGUGGGACAGAGUGCAUAUGGACUGCCCCCCAAACCAAAACCCGAUCCGGGUCACUCCAGCAGCAAAACUCCAGAUCACGGCGCAGACUCCCCAAACAGCGUAAACGGAGCCGAAGCGGGCGAGAUAGAUACAGGUGACGGCUCCAUCUCAGCCUCGGUCACCGUGGUGAUCUUCAGUGCAGUGGGUGGAGCCUUUGUCUUGCUGUUGGUUGCCGUAGUGAUCGGGGUGGUGUGUUACCGCAGGAGGAAAGCCAAACACUCAGAAACACAGCGGCCUAGCCUGUCUCUCUCCGCCCUUACGCCCAGAAGGGGCGGGCCCAACACUGCAGGAAACACAGGAGUCAUGGCAGGGGGUAACAUCACUGGCGGCACAGAGCCCAGUGACAUCAUCAUCCCGUUGCGGACUUCUGACUCCGCCUACUGCCCACACUAUGAGAAGGUCAGCGGUGAUUACGGACAUCCGGUCUACAUUGUACAGGAAAUGCCUCCUCAGAGUCCGGCUAACAUCUACUAUAAAGUAUGAGGAGGGACCUGGAACAAAACACACACACACACACACACACACACUCCCCCCCCCUCCACACACACUUCGUAAGACUGAAGAUUCUUCCUUCCUUCCUUCCCGGAAACUCAUCCUUAUCACACAUGUCGUUGAUUGGCUGAGAUGUGUUCUGUGCGUCUUUAGUUUGCUACAAAGCUAAUGUUGCUAACAAAUAAGGGAAGCUUAUAGCCACCAAUUUAGCAUAUUACACUAAGUGUGUGUGUGUGCAUAUGUAUAAAAUCAUCCUCCAGAAGCUGAAUCACUUUCCUCAUCGACACACACUUUGAUGUCACUUGACACCAGCACAGGCUCCGGUACGGGGGUGGGGCAUGGCGGGGUGGGGCAUGGCGGGGCGGGGCUGAGUUAACAGUCAGUGCUAAAUGUAAUUACGGUGUAUUCUUCGUCUCUCUCGGUAUCGUUUCAGCAGUUUUUCAACACAUCUGAGAGAAAUGCUGACGUUCCUGAUAAUACUGGAUAUUUUUUACACGGUUUAUAUAAAAGAUUUGAGCUACAUGUUAGCUCGCAAAACGCCAUUAGCUUCCCAGUGUUGUAUUCCAAUGUGACGAAAAUAAAUAAAAUUCAUAGUUAAUACUAUAUAAAUAAAAACACUUGUUAAAUAUUACAGUACUGAGUAAUAUAGUAAAAUAAUAUUUAUACAUGUGCAAUAUUUAUAUCUAAUCCUCAGAUCCACAAGCGCUUUCAUUUGUUACUGAAGGAAAUGAAAAUCGCUCCAGUUUUUUAAAAUCAUACAAGUUCAGACAUUUAUCUUCAUAUUUCUGUAUAAAGCUGCAAAAAACAUGUAUGAGUCAGUCGUUACUGCCAUUCUGCCAUGACAGGACCACAAAAAUAUUCUAGAAAAACCACUAAAAAGGGCAUAUUGUUCCUGAGACGAGUCGGUGACUAUUUUGACGAAACUGAAGGCCAUAAGCUUCUAUUACUUGUUAGCAACAUUAGCAUCAACUCAAGGUGCAAACCUCGUGGAAAACAUGUCUCAUGGACAUUUUACUUUUGGACUGCUCUGUGUGUGUGUGUGUGUGUGUGUGUGUGUGUGUGUGUGUGUGUGUGUGUGUGUGUGUGUGUUAAACUGCAGAUCUUUGUAAACACCUGUGGUAGAGACUGGCACUGAAGCCUUGUGUUACUUCCUGUUUCUCACCUGUUGUAGUAAAUGUUUCGAUCGUGUGUGUGUGCGUUAUAAAGAUGUCCUAAAACCCCACAAACACAUUGUAGGAUUGAAGAGUUGAAAUAUUGAAGCGGUUGGUUUUAGA